CCUCACUUUCCUCCCGGGCUAGAGGAGGACAGGGCGCCCUGCUCAGCCCCGCCCCCGCGGCAGGCUCUGGCUCCCCCAUGUAAAGCAGGCUGAGGGACGCCUCGCCCCGCUGGUGGCAGCAGAGACACCUGGGAAAGUUGCCGCGAUUGCAGCAGCGUCUCGCUUUGGGGAGACAGGCAGACACUCGGCCCGGCCCCCAGCUCUGGGGGCGCGCGCAGCCCCGCGACUCCAACGGAAUGAGUGACCAGCCAGUUUCAUCUUUGUGGGAUCAGGGAACAACAAAAACAUAUCAAAUUCCUAUUAAUCAUCUGGACUACAAAUUCAUUGAAAAGUGCUCAGAUGUUAAACACCUGGAAAAAAUUCUCAGAAUAUUGAGGUCUGGUGAGGAAGGAUAUUACCCUGAUCUUACAUUAUUUUGUGAAAAACGCAUUGAAUGUUUAGCUCCAGGGAGCAGAGCCCUGCGAAAAGAUAAAUCUCCAGCCUCUGCAUCUGACUUUACAACUGAAGAAUGGGAAAAAAUUAAUGAUGAAAUAAAGAGCUGGGUGACAGAAAUGAAGGAUGAUGAUUAUAAAAUACAAUUUCCUGUAACAGAAACACUUCAUGAGAGACUAGACAAUUUGCCAGCAGUUCGUGGUUCAAAUAGCUGCCUUCAUGGUGGCCAGAACAAAGAAAAUAAACAAAGAAAGAAGAAAAAUAUACCACGAGAUUACAGGGAAUGGGACAAGUUUGAUGUGGAAAAGGAGUGUUCAAAAGUUGAUGAGGUCUAUGAAGAAAAUAAUUCAAAAGCAUGCUUCAAUAUUAGUUCAAAUUUACCUGUAAUUGAAAAGAAAAUAGACACAAUAGGUAUGACUAAGAAAGAGAGAAAUUUUAUUGCUUGUCGUGAAAAAGAAAAAGGUAAUGAAGCCUUUGCCAUUGGGGAUUAUAAAGAAGCAGUGACAUAUUACACUCGGAGCAUAUCAGUAUUGCCCACUGUGGCAGCAUAUAAUAACAGAGCUCAAGCAGAAAUCAAACUUCAAAACUGGCAUAAUGCUUUUCAGGAUUGUGAGAAAGUGUUAGAUUUGGAGCCUGGCAACCUAAAAGCUCUUAUGCGCCGUGCCACUGUACACAAGCAUCUACAGAAUUACCAGGCAGCUGUAGAGGAUUUGGGCAAAGUAUUACAUGUUGAACCAGAAAAUGCCGUAGCUAAGAAAAAUCUGUCAGAUAUUGAGCAGAAGAUGAAAGAUUUAGAGCCUGUACCUGAGACUCACACCAAAGGAAAAAGAAUAGUUAUUCAAGAUGUCGAGGAGUCGGAUGGUGAUGAAGAAAGAGGAGGAAAUGGAGAAGAACAUGAAAGUGGCAAUGGAGAUAAAAAAACUGGUGUACUACUCGGAGGCAAGAUUGCAACUAAAAGUGAAAUGGGGAAUGUGCAAAAAAAGUUUUCCAGCAAAGGAGAUGGCUGUAAGUCAGAGACGCAGAAGCAGAGUGAAUACACUGAGAGUAGAGUAAAAAAAGACAUAUCAGAGAAAAAGACAAUUGAACAUUUACCAGACCAUGAAGGUGAAGUUAAUGGUUAUCUAAAUGGUAAAAAAAAGAAUGAAAGCAAUGAUGUAAAGAAGGAGACCUUCAGUUCACAUGGGACAGAAUCUUCAUUCGCUGGGAAAAGCAUUUCUAGUUUGCUUCCUCCUACUGCAGCAAAACUGAAAAGUGAAGGAAAUGAGUAUUUUAAGAAUGGACAGUUUGGAGAGGCUGUGCUGAGGUACUCGGAGGCUAUUGAAAAUGUCAUCAAUGUAGGAGUGCAAAGUGGAGAUGAUCUAAGUAUCUUGUAUUCAAAUAGAGCAGCAUGUUACCUUAAAGAAGGCAACUGCAGUGACUGCAUUCAAGACUGUAACAGAGCUCUGGAACUUCAUCCAUUUUCCCUUAAACCUCUUCUGCGACGGGCAAUGGCAUACGAGUCCAUGGAGCGAUAUCGGCAGGCGUAUGUUGAUUAUAAAAUGGUUCUACAGAUAGACAGUGGGAUCCAGGCAGCAAAUGACAGUGUUAAUAGAAUAACAAGAACUUUAAUAGAUCAAGAUGGUCCAAGUUGGAGAGAGAAGCUACCACCAAUUCCAGUUGUCCCUGUUUCUGCUCAAUUACACAAAUGGGAUGGAGGAAGCCUUACUUCAGAGACUAAGCGAAAGAAGAUUGCAGACUUCAAUGGAGAUAGACAAUCAGAGAUGAACAGUGAAAAAACUGAAGAGAAUUUCAGGACCCUUAAGAAUGAAGGAAAUGAAUUUGUAAAGAAGGGUAAAUACAAAGAAGCUCUAAUGAAAUACAACGAGUGCAUGAAAUUAAAUUCCAAGGAAUGUGCUAUCUACACUAACAGGGCUCUCUGUUACUUAAAAUUGUAUCAAUAUGAAGAGGCUAAACAGGAUUGUGAUCAUGUUCUUCGGGUAGAAGUCUCUAAUGUCAAAGCUUUUUACAGAAGAGCUCUGGCAUACAAAGGACUACAGAAUUACCAAGCCAGUGUUGAUGAUCUCAGCAAAGUACUUAUAAUAGAUCCAAAUGUGGCUGAAGCAAAAAGGGAGCUACAAGAUAUUACCCAGUUGCUUAACAUUAAAAAUGAUGUUGGAGCCAGUAGCCAGCAAAAGCAAAGGAAGAAAAUCAAAAUACAAGAGGUGAAUGAGGGUAAUGAAGAGGAGAGACAGACCAGUACCUCAGAGGAUGCUGUGCUUAAUUACCAAGUUGCCAAAGGAGGAGCUGAAAACAGUCUGCCAUUGAAAAUCUCUGAAAAACUGCUCAUUUCAGAACCAUCUAAUGCCUAUGAGUUUGGUCAGAUUAUAAAUGCAGUGAAUGCCAAGAAGGAUGAAGCUGCCUGUGCAGAUCUUUUAACCAUUAUUGAUCCAAAAAAAUUGCCAAUGCUGCUUAGUAACAAACUAGAAGGGGAUACCAUUCUGAUCUUUAUGCAGGCACUGGAAUGUCAUCUACUUGGGAAAGAUCCUGAUCUUGUGUAUCAACACCUUCUUUAUCUGAGUAAAGUUGAGAGGUUUAAGGUAGUGCUGACACUUCUUAGCAAGAAUGAAAAAGAGCAGGUUCAGCAGUUGUUUGAUUCUCUUUCAAACAAGCAAAGUCACCAAUUUUCUUUAGAAGACCUGGAGAGCCUUAAAAGGGUUUAUGAACUUUAAACAGAAUUUUAACUUUUGCAUGUAUAUAGUUGAUGUUGGUAGACUGGGUGUAUGAACUAUGCAGACUUGCAUGGGAUAAAGUCAGUCUUUUACCUGGAUUGUUCAAGCUGCUGUAUUUUUUUACAAUAUGUGCACAUUUAAAAGCUGCUGUUCUUUUAUCUUGUAACUAUAGAACUUUUUAACCUAUAGCAUACUAAUGCACGUUUGUAUUUAAUAACAUAGGUCAUAUUAUUUGAUGCUAUAUUGAUCAAAUUAGAAUAUAUAUAUAUAUAUAUAU